UCACCAUCUCGACUCUAUUGUUUGCAAUUUCGAGUCUAAUAUGUUUUCUUCAUGGUGAUUCAGAUCUCACGCAAUCCUUGAGACCUCUCCUGUUCGCAGAGCGGGUGACAUUCUUUUAUUCUAUUGCCUCUGACAAUUGGGAGCAUAAUCCCUUGCGCAUUUUCCCAUAGGCACCGACACAAUCACUCAGGCUUCUACCUUCUUUUCCCUUUUUCGCGGCGUACCAUCGAGUCAAGAUGGGUGUCCCAGCUCUCUUCCGAUGGCUCACCAAAAAAUACCCUAAGAUCAUUACUCCCGUGAUCGAGGAACAACCGUACGAGAUUGAUGGCGUGCAAUAUCCUGUGGACACCACCAAGCCGAAUCCAAAUGGAGAAGAAAUGCACAACCUCUAUCUUGAUUUUAACGGCAUCGUCCAUCCCUGUUCGCAUCCCGAGAACAAGCCUCCUCCAGCAAAUGAGAGCGAGAUGAUGUUGGAAAUCUUCAAGUACACUGAGCGAGUUGUGAACAUGGUGCGACCGCGGAGAUUGUUGAUGAUCGCAAUCGAUGGGGUUGCUCCACGAGCAAAGAUGAACCAGCAACGAGCUCGUCGUUUCCGGUCAGCAAGAGAUGCGAAAGAGGCGGACGAAAAGAAGGCAGAGUUUCAAACACUCCUACGUCAACAGCAACGUGAUAGAGAUGAAGAUGAAAACGAAGAAACAGUGGACGACGUAAUCAAGAAAACAUGGGAUAGUAAUGUCAUCACACCUGGCACGCCUUUCAUGUUCAUUCUUGCUCAAUCUAUUCGAUAUUGGGUCCAGUGGAAGCUGAACACGGAUCCUGCCUGGGCUCAACUGAAGGUCAUAAUCUCAGAUGCCAGUGUGCCCGGAGAAGGUGAGCACAAGAUUAUGCAGUUCAUUCGUUCCCAGCGCUCAGAUCCCGCCUAUGAUCCAAAUACAAGACAUGUCAUGUAUGGGCUUGAUGCAGACUUAAUCAUGCUUGGAAUUGCCACGCAUGAGCCUCACUUCCGCGUCCUUCGAGAAGACGUCGAUGUCAGAGAUGCCAAAGCCAAAACCUGCAAGCUUUGCGGUCAGCAAGGUCAUUAUGCUGAGAACUGCAGAGGCGAAGCCAAGAUAAAAUCUGGCCAGUUCGACGAAAAAGGUACUACAGAGGAGCUGAAGCCAUUUGUCUGGCUAAAUGUGCCCAUACUACGUGAGUAUCUUGGCGCGGAGAUGUUUGUCCCUGGCCAGACGUUCCGUUUCGAUCUCGAGCGUGCCCUUGACGAUUGGGUGUUUAUGUGUUUCUUCGUCGGCAAUGACUUCUUGCCUCAUCUUCCUAGUCUCGAAAUCAGAGAAGACGGUAUCGAUAAGCUCAUUGCCAUCUGGAGGGACAACAUCCCUAUCAUGGGGGGUUACUUGACCUGCGAUGGAAGAGUUGACCUUGCACGUGCCCAAAUCAUUCUGCAAGGUCUGGCGAAGCAAGAGGAUGCAAUCUUCAAACGCAGGAAGGAAGUGGAAGAUAAACGAGCUCGGAACGAACAGCGGCGCAACCAGGCAAACGAGGCUCGAGAGGCUCGUUCUGCGAAGAGACGCCGUAGCUCGCCAGAUUACACUAAGGGUGGCAGGGCGGAUGCCCGAGUGCCCACCGGGCCUGUUGAGACCUUUGAGGCUUCAAACUUCCCAGUUCUGGAUUACAACUCCAUUGUGAACAGAGCUGCUGUGGACAAAACACUGGCGUCGAACAAAAGCGCAGCAGCGGUCCUGAAAGAGCAGAUGCUCGCUAAGAAGGCUGCUGAGACACCCACUAAGAACGGCGCUAAUGGCAUCAAUGGGACCCCGAAUUCUUCAGGUGGUAGUCCUUCGUCAAUAUUGGGCAAGCGAAAAGCUACAGCGCUGGAAGAAGAGUCAGAUAGUGCUGGCACUCCUGGAAGGAAUACACCAAUUGAGAAAAAGACUUACAACAGCGGAGAUCCCAACAACCCUCCGCCAGACACAGUGCGGCUGUGGGAGGAGGGAUAUGCUGACCGUUAUUAUGAACAAAAGUUCCAUGUCGACCCCCAGGAUAUAGGCUUCCGCCACAAGGUAGCCGAAGCCUACGUCGAGGGGCUGUGUUGGGUGCUUCUCUACUAUUUCCAAGGAUGUCCAUCUUGGACGUGGUAUUAUCCUUAUCACUACGCUCCAUUCGCCGCAGACUUUGUCGAUAUUGAGAAAAAGACCGUCAAGUUCGACAAAGGAACACCUUUCAAACCAUAUGAGCAAUUGAUGGGUGUCCUACCGGCAUCUUCAAAUCACGCCAUCCCGAGCGCGUUCCAUCCUCUCAUGACUGAUCCGGAAUCCGACAUUGUCGACUUCUACCCAGAGGAGUUCGAUCUCGAUCUCAAUGGCGCGAAGCAAUCCUGGAAAGCGAUUGUAUUGUUGCCGUUCAUUGACGAGAGACGGCUCCUUGCCGCCAUGCACACAAAGUAUCAUUUGCUGACGGAUGACGAGCACGCCAGGAACGAGCGGGGCCACGACGCUCUAAUAAUAUCAGAUCAGAAUCCUUUGUACGACAUCUUGGCCAUGAAAUUUUACUCGAAAAAAGCCAAAGGAGGCCCGAACACCGUGAAGUUGUCAAUGCAAAAGAGUCAGCUGGCUGGUGAGGUGAUCAAAAACGAAGAUUUCCUGCCUCAUAUGGACUUGGUGGGACCGCAAGAAGACAUCAGACUGGAGCCUGCGGUGGACGAUGAUCGCUCUCUGAACGUGUUUUUUACGAUGCCCCCUCCUACCCAUGUUCACAAGUCCAUGUUGUUCCCUGGAGUUGUCUUGCCUCCACCCGUUCUCGACAAGGGUGACCUGGCCAUGAUCCGAUCAAAGGCCAGGAUAUCGGGAAGGGACUUUGGCGGUGCGCCACUAUAUGACAAUACUCGACGUGACCGUCUCGAUACGCAGAAUCGAGGCGGACGCAUCAACUACGCUGUCGACCGACCUCCCUUUGAUGCAGGUCCUCCUGGGAUGCCGCCACCGAGUCAAUGGCCUCCAGGAAUGCCUCCGCCUCCCCCACCAGGCUACGGUGGCCAAGGAGGUUAUAGUCGCAACCCGCCACCUUCAAACGGAUACGGAGGGUAUGCAACGCAUACUUCUCAGGGCCAUGGUGGUCAGGAUCAAGGUUAUUAUGGAAACCCGGGACAGAACCAAUACUAUGGCGGCCAGGCACCGAACCAGUACCAUGGUGGCAAUGGACAAUAUCAACAGAAUGGCGGAAGGUCUUUCAGUGAUGGUUACCACCAAGGUCAAAAUCGGGGACCGCCAGCUAGGGACAACCGGAGUGGAAACUAUGGUGGCGGCGGAUAUAGCCAGGGCGGUUAUGGUCGACGUUGAGUGACCACAACACAACAUCGGAAUCUGCACGAGCAGGACUGUGUGGAUCAAUGAAAGGGCUGAGAAUGUACUUGAACAGAUGAGAGAGUUUGGAAGACAUCAGUGUUGGGCUGCUGUUAUUUGGCUGGAUGUAUAUAGUUCCAAUAAUGGAAUUGAGGCAACUGGGCUGAGUAGAGUGGCCUUCUUAGAUGGUUGCAGGGCGAGGAAAAAGUUCAUGGCGUUUCAAUGGCAUCAUUUUAGUCUACGUUCCGUUAAGCUUCCUAGACUAGACAUAGUUGCUGCCUUCUAUUAGAGUCUCACUCGAGGUGAGCUGGUGUACAAAAAAG